GUGUGUGUCCUCCCGGCCGCAUGAGAUGAGCUGCCUGCAGUCUUUGCAACCACUGUUUUCGCCUCCUCCUCCUGCUGUUCUCCUCCUCGCCUCCGUCUCUCUGUCCGGUCCGGGAAUACUGACCCACGGCGGCCUGAUCCGGCGCUGCCAGAGUCUCCCUCCACAUCCACGGCUGCCACUCUCCCGGUUUUGUCUCUGAGGGGUCGGAGCCUGCCUGCGUUGAUCUUGCCUGGAAGAUCAGUGUUCUCAUUGGGAAUGUGGACCGAGACUGGAAGGAGACACUUGGGACCCAUGCCCAUGGUUCUCCUCUGUCCGUCUUGAAACUGAUCCAAGCAGACAAAUUGCAAAAAAUAUCUGAGAAACACAAACCAUGGCUGUGGCCGGAUGUCCGGAUUAUUUCCUGCAUCAUCCAAAUUAUCAGCAGGAUAAUAUCGACCGAUCUUCCAGUCACAGACAGGCUGACCUCAUUGGUCCAAGCUUCCAGCAAUCAGCCAAUCAGAGUUCUCCUAACCAUCAAGAGGAUGACGUUGACUUAGAGGCCCUGGUGAAUGAUAUGAACUCGUCGCUGGAGAGCCUGUACUCCUCCUGCAGUGGUCAGCAGACAGAGUCGACCCCGCUGCUGCACAACGGACAGACCUCUUCCUCGCACCACCAUCACCAUCAUCACCACCACUCACAGCACAACCAGCCUCGCCAGGGUCAGCACUCAAAUGUGUUAAGCCACGUCUCCCCGGAGCCGCCGUCCUCUUCUUCCUCGUCCGCCGAUUCACCCCAAACUAGCCUCCGACGGUCGCAGCCCAUGCACAUCCUUGCCGUCAGGAGGUUGCAGGAGGAGGAGCAGCAGCUGAGGACGUCGUCUCUCCCGGCCAUCCCCAACCCGUUCCCCGAGCUCUGCAGUCCAGCCAGCUCACCUGUCCUCAGUCCUGGGUCUCUACCUCCUGGAGAACCCUCUUCAGGCAAAUAUAUUGUGAAGAUCUUCAGUGAAGACGGCAUGGGGAAGGUUGUGGAGAUCCCAGCCGACAUGACAGCCAGGGACCUGUGCCAGCUCCUGGUUUAUAAAAGCCAUUGUGUGGAUGACAACAGUUGGGCACUUGUUGAGCACCACCCGCUGCUAGGGCUAGAACGCUGUCUUGAAGACCACGAGUUGGUGGUUCAGGUCCAAGCCUCCAUGAACAGCGACAGCAGAUUCCUCUUCAGGAAGAACUAUGCCAAAUAUGAAUUCUUCAGAAACCCCCUGACAUUUUUCCCAGAGCACAUGGUUGCAUGGUGCCAGGAAACCAAUCAUACAAUUCCACCAUCUCAGCUCCUUCAGAACUUCCUAGCAACCAGUAGCUGUCCAGAAAUCCAGGGGCAUCUGUAUAUGAAGGAUGUGGGGAGGAAGUCGUGGAAGAAAGUUUACAUGUUCCUGCGGCGCUCAGGACUCUACUGUUCUACUAAAGGAACCUCAAAGGAGCCCAGACAUCUACAGUUACUAGCAGACUUGGAAGACAGCAACAUCUUUACUGUCAUCACAGGCAGAAAGCAGCAUGGUGCGCCCACAGACUACGCAUUCUGCAUCAAGCCCAAUAAAGGCCGAGGGGAGAUGAAGGAGUUGAGGAUGCUGUGUGCCGAGGAUGAACAAAGCAGAACCUGUUGGAUGACUGCCUUCCGACUCUUUAAGUACGGGAUUGUAUUGUACCAGAAUUACAAGAUUCCUCAACAAAGAAAAACCUUACUGUCGCAUUUUUCUGCUCCUGUGCGGAGUGUAUCGGAGAACUCCCUCGUGGCCAUGGACUUCUCAGGGAGAAUAGGAAGGGUGAUCGACAACCCAGUAGAGGCUCAGAGUGCUGCCAUGGAGGAGGGGCAUGCGUGGAGGAAGAGGAGUCAACGAAUGAACAUAUUAGGUUCCCACAGUCCAUUACACCACUCCUCACUAAGCUCGGUCAUCCACAUAGCUCAGCUGUGGUUCCACGGCAGGAUAACCAGAGAAGAAUCCCAUCGUAUCAUCCACCAGCAGGGACAAGUAGACGGGUUGUUUCUGCUGAGAGUCAGUCAGAGUAACCCCAAGGCGUUUGUGCUCACAUUGUGCCAUCACCAGAAAAUCAAACAUUUCCAGAUCCUACCGUGUGAAGAGGAUGGCCAAGUCUUCUUCAGCCUUGAUGACGGCGCCACCAAAUUCACCGACCUGAUCCAGCUGGUGGAGUUCUACCAGCUCAACAGAGGAGUUCUGCCUUGUAAACUCAAACACCCGUGCACCGUCGUGGCCUUAUGACACCUUCGGAUCAUGUGACCCAUUUGACACUUGACUUGACUCUGCCUAAAACAAACCGAAACAAAAAGAACCUCCCUGUCAGCGGGUUCUUUUUUGUUUUUAUCUUUUUAAGAAGCUGGUGAAUUGACUGAUGUUCCGUUGUUGUUGUUUUAUAUUGUUGUGAGUCCGCUGGAGACCGCUGACUUGUUGGAUUUCUUUUGAUUUGCAUGGAGGUUUGAGGACUUGGAUGCACAACUCGGUUACUCGUUUUAAGAAAAGAGAAGAUAAAGGAAAUGAACACUGCCAUUUGUGUCAAUGCUGUUGCAAAAUGUUCCACAGUCUUGCUCCCAUAAGUCAUUGAUAAGCAUGGACCCCAGCUCGAGUGUAGACUGUAUCUCCCUUCAGCUGGACAAUCAGCAGGACAAUUCAAGCUCUCGUGUGGACCACUCUGCUCUCGGAGAACAAACAAUAGUUUCAUUUAAGCUUUUCAUCACACGUCCUUGAAGAAUAUACUGUAGAUGGAGAGUUUCUUGUCACUUAGUUUUGUACUCAAUGAAGUGGGUGUGGCCUUUGACGGUGCAUGACCUCUCCACUGGCGCAUUACUUAACUGUGAGACGAUGCCACCGCCCUCUAGUGUCAUAGACAUGUAUGGACGUGUCCCGAUUCAACAUGGAUGAGAUUUGGAGGCACUAGAAAGAUGUUUUUUUUUUUUUUCGUUUUGAGAUUUGGAGCUAUAAAAAUUGAAGAAUCUGGAGCUAUUAAAACAAAAUAUUUUGUGGACAGUACAAAAUCUGCAUUGUCUGCCCUCUCAGAAAUGUUUUCCACCAUUUCUGGCCACACAGGGUUUCUUUUCUUGAUGAUGCAUCAAUUGCAGUUAUGUAUUGUUAGCAAUAUUCUCUUAUAUCAUUUUGUUUAAAGUCGACCUUUUGCAUUCUGGACGUUUGCAACUCGUCAUCAUUCACAUAAGCUACAACAGAGUCAUUGUGUGCUCGUUCUACUAUUUACAUUCUGUUGCUCACUUCAGCUCCUGAAAGUAUUUCCCAGGAAACUUCCACAAAAACAAAAGAAUUCUAACCAGACAGGCAGUUUUGGUGAUUGUAAUGUUAAGUUCAGGUGGCGUGGAGGAAAUUGGUAAGUGCAGCUGCAUGUAGUGCUUGUAUCUAUUUUCUGUCACUGCAGGCAAAUGCAUAACGCUGCCAGUUGCAGAAGAUAAAGUGAGCCAAAGGAGAGUAUCAGUUUGUUGUCUGAGUUUCCUAGCCACAGCACAGGGAAGGUUAACCACUCGCAUUUCCCUCAAAAGUUUUACCCAAAUAACUGUCAGCAAGUCAAAGGAAGCAAAAUCGAUGUUAAUCUCCUUCAAACAAAACUGCAGAGAGAUGCAGUAGGUCCUGUGGGGAACAAUCAGUCCCAGGUCUUCACCCUAUUUUCAUACAUGUUGCACAAAUUACCUCCUGUCUGUUGGAAGCCAGCGAGAUGCUGUCAAACAUGCAUGUGGCUAGAAACAUGGUUAAGUUUGCUGUGACACCGAUAGUAGACUCUGUGCAUUACAUUCCAUAUAAUGUGGCCUUUUUCUACCUGGAAGUACUUGUAAAAACAAACAGUGUUACAGAUAAAUUUACUGCCCCAGUGGACACCAACUCUUUGUAGAUCCGGAUAGAAUGUUCACGAAAACGCUAGCUGCUAGUACAGUGUGGGUAGAGACAGAAGUUUGUCACAAUAUUCUAAACAAACGAUGCCUGCGUCUCUUUUGGAUCUUCCUCCUCACCUACUCUCAUCACACUUUCUUUAGGCUACUGUUAGAUAAUACUGAAAAUACUCAGCGGUGUGUCAACAAAAAAGUGGAAAUAUUAAGACUUUAACCCGUCAGUUUUCAUUUGAGUUGACUGACUUGUACACGAUUUGUUUUUGAGUGCAGAUAAUGAGAGUAUCAGCCGGAGAACAGAGACAGACAACUCUGAUGGAGUUAGUUUGAGGGCACUGGAUUUACUUUGUGUCCCAGACAGUGCAAGUUGAUCUUUUUUUGGUUAUUAUUUGCUAAAACCAGUCAAGGCUCAAAACAAAAAAAGUAUUUCACUGGAUUUCCCUUUGGCCAAGUCUGCAAUGGAGCUCAUAUAAUCAACUAAAAUGAACGGAAGAAAAACCAUUUUUGUUUUGCUUAGAGUGGGAUACUUUUUACUCAGGAUGGGACGAAUUUGACUUUUCUGGGCAAAACCCAGGACAGACACAGGUAAAUACUGGAAGUUCUUGGUUAGAUUUUGUUACUUCAAAAAAGCCACAGCCAGUGAAUUAGGUUCAGAAUUCUCCUUUUUUUAAAAACAUCUCACCACAAACAGCAUUUAAUUUCUUUUGUUUUUCCUUUUGUACACCUGAAAUUUCUUGAAAAUCUUUAGUCCAAUGCUUGGUGGUAGUGUCGUCUAGGCAACCAGCCAGCAGAUUAUUAGAAAUCUAUGUGUACUUCUGUACAUCAACAGCCAUUUUUGUCUUAAGGUAUAUUUAACAUCGGAGAUGCAGAAUAGCAGCACUAUAUUGGCACUCUGUGCAUGGUCACCGUUAUUUAUCUAAGAUGCAAUGACUCUUUUUUUGUUUUGUUUUUAUUGUUGCAGGAAAAUGUAUUUAUUUAUCUGGAUGUGACUGAUUACUUGAAAAUUUUAGAUUGCUUUUCUCAGCGCUGUUCUGUACUGUUUUCUUUUGUCAUUACCAUGAAAUGAUUGACCAGUGUGAUGAUUAUUAUAAUUGUUAUGACAUAGCCUAUAUUGAUGUAUUUUUUCUUCUUUUUUUUUUUAGUUUUGAUUAUUCAAAAAUAAUUUUGUCAUGAUCAACACUUGUUGUGAAGUGAUGUUUAAAGCACACUGGCAUCCGUAGUGUUACAAUGACCAUUCCAGUAGUCGACAAGUGGAAUGUUGUGAAACUAGUAACAAAAAAUACAAGGGUUUCCCAAAGCAUUAGCCCCUAAAUUACUAUUUUUGAACUCCUUUAAUUACUGUUCUUAUUUCUUCCAAAUCUGUUUAAAAAAAAAAAAAAAAAAAAAAAAAUUGAAUGAAAACAAAAAAGAAUUUCAACCCACUAGUGUUUAAAAGCGUCGGAUUUUCUUGUUGUCCUGUAGUGACCCAAAAUAGAGAAACGUGGAUUUAAGUAAUGAAUCCGCAAAUGUUUUGGGAAACUGGGUCAAAUAAGCCUCAGCAUUCUUAUAACUUACUGUUUAAACACCUGCCUCGAGGAAAGAAUUUUAAAAGUUUAGAUGUAGGGCAAAACUUUACAUUAAACAUCUUAAAAUGCUUAGAUUAGAUAUAAUUAAACAAAUGGAUAAUGACAAAUACCCUGCAGACACAGUAAUGCAUUGUCAGAAUUUCUUUUUUUAUAAGUUUAUACCCUCAAAACUGCAACAAUAAGCUCCUAUUUCAUGUAAUUCAAACCGUACCAGAGCACCGUUGUUAGAUGGUUUACUGCAUUGACCUUAGGAAAGUGGAACAAAAUGCUUAUUUUUAUGAUUUGCAUGAAUGUAGAUCUCGAGUUUAUUCAGUGGGGAUCCCGUCGCUGGUGUUUUCCAACUGGAUCUUUAAAUCCAUAAAUUCUUUUGUAGUUGCUGAAAGUCAUCUUAAGCUAUUAAGAUUCCACUGACAUAUUUUAGCUGUCUCAAUCUAAGUCUCCUGUGAUUCAGUCUGCACUUCUGCACUCAUUCCCCAACUCCCCAAUAUUACUUUUUUUUUCUCUGACUGAUGUGAAACGUAGCAGACAUUAAUAUUUGAGGGACAGGUCAGGUAGCCUUGUAAGCUGGAGUUUCUGUUUGCAUAAAGGUUCACAGGAUUUUUACUCACUCUAAACACAAAAGGCAGAUAGUAAAUUCAGUUAUUGGACAUAUGGACAAAUAAAUAGGCAGAUUUGGAAAUCCACAUUUUUACACUUAACAGAAAUGAAUGUAACUGGGUUGCUCAGGGCUGACUUGGAGCCUGUUAGAAACUACUGGUCCAUCAAAAGACUUCAAGUGUGGGAUGAUGAUGAUGGACUCCAUGUACAGGACAAUGAAUAUUUUAGUUGAAUUAUCCUGGGAUUUGCUAACUUUUCUCCAUCAUGUACACCGCCCAUCUGCUAGCUGUGAUUACUUGAAAAAUAUACUUGCAGAAAAUUGAGUAGGUCCUGUACUAUUAAAGAAUACAUUUAGUUUGCAUAGUGCUUUUAAUAUUAUUGUUUAAGCUGUUUAUUAAAAUACUGGCCUGGCUACCUGAGCUGAUGUAAGGCUCCAUUACCAACAUGUUAAUUAUUCCAACUUUGUAUUUUUAUGCUAUCAACUAGAUGGCAGUCUAGAAGAAAUUAUAAUCUAAUCUGCUUCAUGUUGUCAUAUCAUAAUUGUGUCUUACAAAUAUGUCAAAUCAACACUUGGAGGUGUAACUGAAAUCAGUGGAGCACGUUGUCAGUUUUGGUAGCCAGGCGUUUGCAACCACAGAUGGUGCCUCUGAUGACCUCUCUUCCUGUGCACAAACCAGGCCGAAUGACAAAGCUACACACUCACAAAUAAUACACGAUUUAAUGAGUACUUGACAAGAACAAUUCAGAAAACUGCGCUCUGUGAAUCUGGCUAAAGCUGUUGGGAAUGAAUGCUUGUCUUUUCAGCUGCAGUUUCAGUUUACCUUUGGAGCUCACAGUGAAUUAGCCCUGAUCCUGCAAACAUGGAUUGAUCUAUUAUACUCGGAGUCUUGUGCAUUUUCAUAACAUUGUCACAAUGCAAGACACCAUGGCUGUACAAAUGACUAAAGUAAAAAAUAUAUAUAUAUCUAUAUAUAAAAAAAUAUAAACUAUUAUGUAUUUCAGGGAAUGCAAAAAAGAAAACAGUAACUUAUCUCUUUUUGUAAGAGAGAGCUCCUGUAUUCAUAAUGUGCUUUGCUUCAAUCUGUAAAUAGUUGAAUGGCUUAUAAAUCUUAAUUGUAACCUUUUCAGGUAUUUUUGUACAAAUAAGGGACUGAUAUAUUCUGUUUAUUGUAAUUAGAAUAAAACAUUAAUACAUUGAUAUAAAAAAAAUACACUGUGUUUGUCUUUAUGUAGGGAAACUUCUGCUAACUAAAGGAAGUAAGUACGAACUCUAUGACAGAUUUAUACGAUGUUACAAGCCAAUCUCAUGCACAUUGAUUGUAAUGUGUCAAGUUGUGCCCAGAAUCUUAAAGAAAAAAGUAAUUCUAGUUCCACUCUUAGGCCAAGCAAACUACUACAUAUUAAACUCGACAGAAAGGCCAAUGCUCGGUUUUGCCACCAGAUGGUGCAAUACUACAAGAAGUUAAAGGGCUAAUAAAAUGAAAUUGCUCCAAAAGAAUCAGAUUAAUGUAGGAAAUAUUUUAGUAACAAUCCACCGGGAGCCGAUUACUCCUGCAAAUAAGUCAUUAUAUGGCGUAUGCAUACUGAUAGAAAGAAAAUCAGGUUAAGGUGGGGUCUACAUUAAAACCACUUGGAACUGACCCUUUGACACCAUCUGUGUCACACCCUUUGGAUUAUCAGUCAUGCAAAGUUGUGAGGUUUCAAGGCUUAAAGUUUUGUUGUGUGCAAAGAAAAAGAUUAAAGAUUAACAUGUCUGAAA